GUUAGAAUUCUAAGCGGAAGGCUUUAUACUUGAUAAAACAUAAAACAGUAAAAACCAAUAUAUUUUAAAAAUGUAUAUGUAAUUCUUGUCCCAAAACGAGCUUAGUAUAUUCUAGUUAAAUAAAGUAAUUUAUUAAUGUAUAGACAGCAGUUUGGUAGGCGUCAUAGACUGUAAAUCAAAUGAAGUAAGUGUGAAUUACACAGUGAUUACCGCACGCCAUUUUAACAUCUUGUGGUUUUUGUGAAAUUCCGUUCUAGUUUGGCACAGCAAAGUGCAAGUUAUGUGCUAGUUCAACGUAAUAUCAAAGAGAUUAGCAUAUAAUCUUAUAAUUGAGGUAAUUGCAUCAACAGAUCUAUCUCAUCAGGGCAUAAAUUUUAUCCUGGGCCUCAUAUCCUACAACGAUGAAGCUGUCCUAACGUUUUACGUCAUAAUUUUGUGAAUCGGCUGCUUUUGAACCAUAUACUGUUCUUGUGUUUCAGGUCUUUUCUAUAACUUCAUACGUUUCUAUAAAAGUGGAUAAUUUUCUACCAGUGAAAGGUAAAUGAACUUGUGCUAUGGUGAAAAAUGUCUCAGUACUAUGAGGUAUUGAAUCAAGGCGAAAAACCAUCAGACACGCAGUUUUAUACCAAUGUUGAAGACCAAACAGUGCAGUAUGUGAUAACACCAGAUAAGACUCAAGUUCAGUUCCCUACACAGCAGAUUGUAGUUACUUCUGGCGAACAAUUGAUGGUAGUAGAUGGACAGCCACAACAAAUCAUAAUUGACCAAAGUAGUGUUGCAUAUCAAACACAGCAAAUCCAACAGGUACAGCAAGUACAGGCACCUCAAGCUGUAAUGCAACAACAGAUGCCACAACAUACUCAAUUGCAACAAGCCCAGGUGGUGCAACAGGGACAGCUCCAAGGUCAAAUGCAGCAGCCACAGACCCAAAUGCCACAAGAAAUCCAAACACAGCGACAACAACAGGCCCAAAUGCAACAUGUUCAAAUUCAACAACAUUCCUCCAUGCAACAGCAACAAUCUCAACAACAGAACUUAUCUCCACAAAAUCAGGCUCCAACACAGCAACAAGGUGGGGUGCAACAACAGCAAUCUCCUGCGCCACAGCAACAAACACAAGUUUUACAACCACAACAACAACAAGUUCAAUUGCAGCAACAGCAGGUGCAGGUGCAAGGUCUUCAAGGACAUCAAUUUGCUGUCAUCCAUGAUAAUAGGAUGGGUGGUGGCACCCAGCAAAUCUUUCUCAUGGGUACCACAAGCAAUGCCUCUAUGGUUGAGCAAGCCAACCAACAGCAGCAACAACCAAUUGUAUUGAACCAUCAACUGGGACAAGGGAAUGCUAUUGUAAGGCCAGCAAGUAGGAUUGGUGCUAUGGUACAAGGUGUCCGGGCAGCAAUGAGACAGCCUUUAAUACAGCAAUCGCCUAGACCUCAGCAGAGUCGUCCACAGCAGAUGCGUUCACCAGGAUCUGUACAGGGUAUGCAGUCUCCACGCGUUGGACAGGCUGUGAGACAGGUCACUCCAGGACAACAGGCAAAACAGGUGCGACCUGUGAUGCAAAGACCUCAACAGUUCAGAGCAGUACUCGGCGGUGUUCCUAGAGGUUCACCUGUCGGUCAGAUUGUUGGACAAACGGUGGGAGGUCAACAGCGAUUCAGAACCGGCAUGAUCCAGCAGAGAUCACCAACUCAAAUGCAAAGACCUGGACCGCCUAAUCAGAGAUUUCAGACAAUGCAACAAGUUCAGCAGCAAUCUCAGCAACAACUGCAAAUGCAGCAACAAGCACAGGUUCAACAGCAAGGCCAGAUUCAACAACAAGAUCAGAUACAGCAACAACAGGUUCAGCAACAGCAAACCUCUUCACCAGAUGUUGAAGAGAUGGAAACUAACUCAAAUGAAGAGCAAGAAGCUGUUACCUUACCUGAUGGCAAUGUAGUAACAGUUUCUACUUACAAAAAGAUGUUGGCGGAGCAGAAAGCUAGGGCUUUAAACCAAAAUAGGCAACCACUACUAGGCCAACCCCAGCAACAGCAACAACUGAUGAGCAGUUUGCAAACCAAUGGUUCUCCAGCCAGCUUGACACCCAAUGCUGCAAAGAAGCGGCCACCAGCGCCCAGAACACCUCGAACAUCUGCUAGAGGGGGCCCUAGGACACCCGCUAAGAGAAUGCAGGCACAGAUGCACGCUCAAUAUAUGAUGGGACAGCCUCAGCAACAACAGCAACAGAUGCAGAAUCAUCAACAGCAGCAACAAAUUAUUGCGAACCAACAGAUGCGUCCGUCUCAGGCUAAUUACAUAAUUCAACCUCCGAAACCAAAUCAGAAACCACAACAGCAAAGGCCUCUGCCAGCUUAUAUUCCUUCUAGCCAGAUACAAAAAAUAAUAGAGAGUACAGCAAUGACUGAAGAAUUUUCGGACUCAAUUAGAAUGUUAGUACUUUUGGAAAAUGGCGAACAGAGAUUAAUCACAUUCACAUUGCCUAAAGAAGCUUGUACUAUCCUAGAAAUAUUGGAGCAAGUGAAUGUACCUUUCCAAGCUGAAACAAACAUUCAGGUCACCGAAGCUAAUUCAAAUGGAAUUAAUUAUAUUGUCACUGUCGGCAAUGUUCUCCCGUUAAGAUAUCAGGAAGAAGAAGAGUCUGAACAACCACCCCAAGGCCAGCCUGAUCAAUCUGUUGGAACGCAAGAUGCCUCAUCGUCCUCCGCAGUCGAACCACUGCAACCGCCACCUGCUCCUCCGUCUUCAUUACAACAGAUGCCCCCACCACAUGCUCCCGCCCCCCUCCAACAGCCUGCGGCGGUCAGCGAACAGCCCUCAACGCCACCGAAAACGCCCUCGCCAGAACCUGCCAAAGAGGUGCCUAAGUUCGUGCCUGGCAUGUUGGCGCUUUGUGGCGCAUGUGGGUAUCUAUCUGAGGAUUUCAACAAGUGCAUACGUUGUAAUAGGAAGCUUCCUGACAACGUGAAAGCUAUACCAGCCACUCUUCGGCCUUCAGGAUCAGCUGGACUUGGUCAUAAGAAAGAACAACCAGUACCACAGCUAUCACAACCACCUCCUCCAACUCCGGUGAAUCCGGUAUUGCAACAGAAUAAACCACAUAUUACAAUCAAAACAAUUAGUGGUGGUGUCAAAAAGAAAGCUAACAAAAAGUCAGUAGAACAGGAAAGUGUUGUGAUAAGUUCUGAUGAAGAGGAAGAAGACAAACCGAACGUGGCUGAUAAUAUAAUUCAAAAACUGGGAGCAUCAGUCACAAUAUGUCCUGUGACAAAGGAACCAUCAUCAAAUGAAAUUAUAAGGCAUAACUCGCUGAGAAGAACAUCAAGUGAAGAAUUAGAUGAGAAUGACUUUGGUAUUUCUAUGAAAUUCCGAACUAUCAGGAUUGGGUCAUAUAGAUGUAUUCCAGCUGAAAAGGUGUCUAUAAACGCAAUCCGCAUACUGCUUAAGGUACCACACCCAUCAAAUGAUAAGGAUAUAAAGACGCUAGUGUUUGAAAGGGAAAAUGUUGUAAAAGUACUGGCCAGCUUCAAUUCUUCGCUGCCUGUACUCUUCCUCUAUGUAAACCCUAUUUUAGCACAGAAAAUUAGGACUGAAUUAGACAUGACUGCUGAUGGGGACUACUAUUUUGAUCCCAUUUCCUCGCAAGACGAAUCUUUCCGCAGGGUAACUUUUCUACCUGAUGACAUCACUGAGGAUGAACAGAAGGUUAUACAGACCAUAUUUGGGCCGCCGAACAACAUCCUGGAUGAACUGAAUAUCAAAGAAGCGAAUGAUAUCCUGAUCAAGACUUGUCCCAAAGACGUUACUAGAACUGCCUUAGGAAUUGGGGCCUUCACGGAAAUCAAACAACUUCUAACCUAUCCACCCGAGGGCCGAGGCAGAAUGUCCAUCAGUACCGAGGAUUACUUGUGCUUGGCACAAGAUCAGUUUCUAAAUGAUGUGAUAAUCGACUUUUAUUUAAAAUAUUUAGUGGAAAAUUUACCAGAAGAAAAAAGGUGCAAAGUGCACGUUUUUUCUACAUUUUUUUACAACAGACUAACCACAAAGCCCGCAAAAGCGUCUAGGAAAAGCCAACCGACAGAACUGGAUCCCACAUUAUCGCCCGCACAAAAGCGCCAUGCUAGAGUGAAGACAUGGACAAAGAAAGUUAAUUUAUUUGAAAAAGAUUUCAUCAUUGUACCAAUCAAUGAGAAUGCCCAUUGGUUCUUGGCAAUCAUCUGCUUCCCUGGAAUGGAUGGAUGUCAAACAUGGGAUGGCAAGCCUAUUAAGAUCGAAGUGAAAAAGAGGACAAAGAAAAAUCCGGCAGCAGCCGGACCAUCCACCCCAACAGCGACUGUAAAACAGGACAAGACUGCAUCCGCCGAAAAAGCGAUACUUUGUGAUGACGGUGCUUCGAGUGAUAAGGAUGAAGCUGAAGGCGAUGAAAGUGAUCUGGAGUCCGACGAGUCUCGGGCACCCUCGCCGACAGGAAGUACCUCAUCAGGAGGAGUGACAGGUACUGCUGCACCUUCACCUGCCACUGUUGUUACCACACCAACAACGAAUACCUCCACUAAGAAAGAGCCUCGGCCUCCGAUAAAACAGCCCUGCAUCUUGAUAUUUGACUCACUGGCUGGUGCUAGUAGAAACCGAGUGGUGGCUACACUUAGAGAUUACCUGACAUGUGAAUAUAAAGCAAAAAUGGGUACCGACAGGAUCUACAACAGGGACAUUAUCAAGGGAGCUAACCCGAAAGUACCACAACAAAAUAAUUUCACAGACUGUGGACUAUAUGUUUUGCAAUAUGUUGAACAGUUUUUCAAGGAUCCCAUAAAGGACUACCAUAUGCCAAUCAAGCAAAUACAGAACUGGUUUGAAGAAAUAACUGUAACAAAGAAAAGAGAAGAUAUAGCGAUUUUAAUAAGAACCCUGAUGAGAGAGUAUGGAAAAGACGUGAGGAUAUUGCCAGAUAUAACAUUCCCGACUUUGAAUGGCAAAUUGGUGGAACGAAGUUUUGAAGAUGAAGAAGAUGAAGAAAUGGAAGAAGAAGCGACCGCAGAAGAAGAAGAAGAAGCAGAUGAAGAUAGUUUAACAUCAAAAGAUGAGUCGUCGAUAAAACAGGACCCGGCCAAAGAAGAAUCGGAAAGAGGUUCCAGUGCGGUGGACAUGGGAGACCAGGAAUCCUCCUCCCCAAUAAAACCAUCGUCACUAGCUCCGAGUUCAGAUUUCGCUGUGCAGCCCGUACUGAAUCCCAAGCCAGACAUCAGCGAGUUUCCAAGGCAAACAAACAAGGACACGCUUUCUAUAUUAAAAGCGAAACGGAUCGUCAAGAAUAAAAAUCCUGGCCCCAGUUUGAAAAAGCAAAAAAUUGACGAAUGAAACGUACUGACAUCUAUAAUUAUUGGUCUUUUAUAUUGUUAACUAGGUUAAAAUUAAAAUAAUUAAUUUUAUUUAAAAA